AUGCUGGAGCAGAUUCGCAGCACGAAGUUGCCCGCGCAGCCGGUGUAUGUCAACACCGGCAAUGCGCAGGGGAUCACCUUGCACGAUCUGAAAUCAUUCCAGCAGGAAUGGCUGAAAGACUUUGACUGGAAGACCGAGCAGAAGAAGAUCAACAAAUUCAACCAGUACACGACCACCAUCGAAGACCUGACCAUCCACUUCGUCCAUGAGAAGUCCAACAGCUCCGACGCCAUUCCGUUGCUGCUGCUGCACGGCUGGCCCGGCUCCUUUUUGGAGUUCGCCCCGAUCAUCGACGAGCUGACCGCGCAGGCGACGACCGCCACGGGCAAGAAGGUCGCCUUCGACGUGAUCGUGCCCUCCCUGCCCGGGUUCGCCUUCUCCUCGGUGCCCCCCAUCAACUGGACCAUCGCCGACACGGCGCGCGUUUUCAACACCUUGCUCACCCAGGUCCUGCACUACGAGACCUACGCGGUCUUUGGGACGGACUGGGGCGCAGGCAUCGCCUACAACCUGUACGACCAGUACAACUCGACCGUCCGCGCGGGCCACCUGGCUUUCCUGCCCUUCUUCCCGUUAACCCCGGAAGCGCUGGCGGCACAGAACAUCACGCUGUCCUCGCAGGAGGCCUUCGAGGAGGCCGAGACGAUGGAGUGGAGUAACACCGGGGAGGGUUACUUCAACGAGCAGACCACCAAGGUAUGU